CGUUAUUAACGUAGAUAUGAUAGUUCCAACUCACGCCAAACAUAUAAAACGAAUCCCAUCUUAAAAACUAUUAAAUUAAUUGUACCACCAUGAUCAUAAAAUCUACUUUUUUGUUGUGUGUCUUCUUGACCUUUGUCAGUGCUGAAAUUCGGCAACCUCGUGAUGUGGCCGACGUGGUGAAGGAAGAACUAGAAGCCCUGGCGAGUAUUGUUCAAGGUAGAAUUCUUGUUGCUCACGACGAUCUCAACAACGCACUCACCACGUUUAAAACAAAUUCUAUAAAUGUUGCUAGCCAAGGAACUAUCUCUAUACAACAAUUACAACAAACCAUAGACACACAAUUGCAGCAAAUUAAGGACUUUGCACAUGCAGCAGACGUUGAUAUUUCAGCAUGUACGAACAUUCGGGAACAAACUUUGAAUAGAUUUCCGGAUAUUUUGAUUGGGGAAUUGAAUACAUACAUCGAUAAUAUAGUUGCAAAAGCAUCUUCUACUAUCGAUGAUGGAACGUACCUUGUGGAUAUCGUAAUUAACAAAGUUCACAAUCUGGAUUUCCAACUAAGCCAGUGUGGAGGAGAUUUGUUGUGUAUUAAUUCCUUGCUUACGGAAAUAGAACUUGACAAAGUUCGAUUACCACAAAGUAUUGAAACCGAAGUUCAAGCUGUUGAAAGUGUUUUGACGAAUUUGAGAAUUUCUGUACAAAGUAAUACAGAUUGGUGUGUGUCUCAGUAUAUUUCAGGAGCAUUUGACAUACUUAGAGACAUUCAGAAUUGUGCAAACCAUCUUGUUGGUUAAAAUAAAAUAUUGUUUUAAGAUA